CCUCCACUAAUCUCUGCUUCUGAAUUUCGAUUCCACCUCCAUCGCGUCGGCCAUUUCGUGGAGGCGCAGGUUCUGGAGCAGAUUGGGGUCGAUUACAUCGACGAGAGCGAGGAAUUGGGGAUCGCCGACGAGAAUCACUUCAUCAACAAGCACAAUUUCGGGGUGGCGUUUGUGUGCGGCUGCCGCGAUUUGGGGGAGGCGCUGCGGAGGGUGAGAGAGGGCUCCGCCAUGAUCCGGACGCAGGGGGAAAUUGAGGGUUUGGGGAAUGUGGUGGAGACGGUGGGGAGUGUGAGGAAAAUUAUGGGGGAAUUUAGGGUUUUGAGUAACAUGGAUGAAGACGAGGUUUUCGCCUUUGCGAAGCGAAUUGGGGCGCCCUACGACAUUGUGGUGCAGGCGAAGCAAAUGGGGCGGCUGCCGGUGGUGCAAUUUGCUGCUGGGGGGAUUGCGACGCUGGCUGAUGCGGCAUUGGUGAUGCAGUUGGGGUGUGAUGGGGUGUUUUUGGGGCAGGAGGUUUUUGAUUGUGACGAUCCAUAUAAGAGGAUUCGAGCCAUUGUGCAGGCAGUUAGGAAUUAUAAUGAUCCGGUGGAGGUGGCACAGGCGAGCAGCGGUUUGAAUCUCGAUGAUAACAGGUUCCGGAUGUUUGGACCUGGAGAUGCUUACUGAUUAUCUUUUCGUGUGAGUUCUCGUGGCCUAGCUUUCUUGAUUUUAAGAGUUAGUGUGGUAUAUAAUUAGGGAUGUCAAUGUAGCCCGCAACCCGUGGGCUGACCCGAAUAGCCCGCCAAAUUUAUAGGGUUAGGGUUGGAAAUUUCUAGCCCGAUAAAAUUAAAACCCGAUUAGCCCGCACCCGAUU